GUUGCAUAGUGCACGUUGUCGAACGAACUAGAUGUCAUUUUCGCUCGCGGCGGAUGUUGAUGUUCCAAUCAGAAUCGCCGUUGUUUGUUAGAUGACCUUUGAGAUGGACGGGACUCAGAACGGCCAGGAAUCGGACGGGCCUGGAGCCGUCGUUCCCGCGAAUUUUCCGGGGGUUUUGGGAAACUGUACGGGCAGUUCGAGUGCCAGACAAUCGCCGAAAGUGUGCGUUACCGCGUCCCAGAUCGUCCUGCAGAGGAACUCGAUUUCGCCGUCUUUGCCGAGGAAAAUUAUGAGCAAAAACAACAAUAACACCAUCUUCCCCACGUCCUACCCAAACAACCAAGCCGAGCUGCAGCUCUACAGGGUGAUGCAGAACGCGUCCCUUCUGCUUUAUUACGACACCCUCCUGGAAAUGGGAGGCGAUGACGUCCAGCAACUGUGCGACGCGGGCGAAGAGGAGUUCCUCGAGAUCAUGUCCUUGGUGGGCAUGGCCUCGAAGCCCCUGCACGUCAGGAGGCUGCAGAAGUCCCUGCAGGAGUGGGUGACCAAUCCUGCGAAGUUCAAGUUGCCUCUGGCGCCGGGAGAAGACUACGAACUGGAACUGUCUAGUCCGAGGGUCAGCAGUAAUCACGUGUUCUAUGACAGUGGGGACAGCGGUAGACCUAUGUACUCGCCUUCGCCUGGCGAAGUGUGUGCCUUACCUCCGGUUUCCAGUCCUGGAUUAUCAGUUAGCAACAAAAGGCCUUAUUCCCCGUUAGACUCAGCCUGCUCGGCCUCCUCCAGUCCGGGAGGCAAUGCGCCCCUCCAACUUUCCCCCAACCUGAUGGAGAGCCAGAUCGCCAAACUAGCGGCGGCUGCCGAGAGGCUCAGCAAGCAGCUGCCUCAGUUCGAACCGAAGCCGCACAACGCGAAGAAGAAGGUGUGCAGGGACCUUGAGGCGGUGAUCUCGAUGCCGGAGACUGAACCGCGGAGGAUGGACGAGAUCAGGAAGUACGCGGCGAUCUACGGCAGGUUUGACUGCAAGCGGAAGCCGGAGAAACCUCUGACGCUGCACGAGGUGUCGGUGAACGAGGCCGCGGCGCAGAUCUGCCGGUUCGUGCCGGCGCUGUUGACCAGGAGGGAUGAGCUGUUCCCGCUCGCCAGGCAGGUGGUCAAGGACUCCGGCUGCUACUAUUCUAAAACACAGUUAUCAACCGUCUACAUGAAUAAACACAUCCACAUGGGCCACGACCGGGAGGCAGAAACCUCUCUCUCUCGGACCUCCCGGACCCCGGCCGCCGAUGGUGAACCCGCGGCGAAGCGGGCGAAGUCCGAGGCGGACGACGACCGGCAGGUCAGCCAACAAACACACCACAAUUACAUUUUACGACCACACGUCAUAAUCAACUUAGAGGAUUGAGGCUUCGCUUGGCGCUAACGCUUGGUGGGGCUUUUUGAGUGGUGCUUUCUUGCUUCAGGGCUCGAUUAUUCACACUAACAAGAUGAUCCACUUCCAUGUAAGAUGUCGAAGCCUAAUUUGGCCUAAAGUCUUGGCUGGUAGGUAGGGAUGCGCUAGCGAAACCAGUGAUGGUAACCUUUUAUAUCAAUUUCGCUACACAGACCAUGGAAUUUUCCCAUAAAUUCUGAAACAACCAAAAAUCUUGCCCUAUAACCCGACACACCCAAAGUGUAUUAAAAAAUUCCAAUGUGCGUAGGGAAUAUCCCUACGGGUUACCAUCACUGAGCGACACUCUCUGAAGGCUUUUGAUUUAAAAUAUUUCAAUCCGGCUCUGAUGCGACAUUCCUUCUUGCAUAAAAACAUCUAAAAAUAAUCUUCUCAUAUAUUCUGUAUUACCGAUCUCUUCGCUAAUCAACAAAAAGUACUUCUCUA